CCAAGCCAUUCCCACAAAAGAUAACCCAGCAACCAAAUUGUUUUUGAGUUUGUGAAGUUGAGAGUAAAACAAAGCAAGAAGAAGCUUUCAUACAAUAGAGCAACAUCAAGAAGAAGAUUACAACUUUUUUAAUACUUAAGUAUUAUGGAGGCAAAAGCAGAUAUUUCCACUGUUCGAUUCUACAAAAUUAUUACUACACCAAAUGUUCAAGAUGGAAAAAUGAGGCUUCCAAAGGAUUUCACUAAAAAAUGUAUUAGUGAUAUGCCAAAUCCAAUAUUUCUCAAGACUCCGGAUGAUAAAAAAUGGGAAAUACACACCGCUAAAGUUGAUGAAGAUUUUUGGUUUGAAAAGGGCUGGAAAGAAUUUGUUACAUACUAUUCACUAGAAUAUGGUAACAUGAUCAUGUUUCACUAUGAGGAAAAUUCUCAUUUUAUUGUGAACAUAUUUGACAAGAGUACUCUUGAAAUUGAAUACCCUUUUCAAGACAAUCAAAAUGAACAAAACAACGUUGUCCUAAUUAGUGAUGACGAUUCGGUUGAAACUUUGAACAAGUCACCUUCAUUCAAAGAGAAAACCAAAUCAAAAUCAUCAAUUCCAUGUCCUCAAUCACUUAAGAAAUUGAGAAGUUACAACAAUGAAGGUGUUGGAACAAGCACCAAAUUCCAAAACAUAUCAAAGUCUCCUUUGCAAACCAGUGGUGAUAGAAGAGGAUCCAAAUUCUAUAACUCUUCUAAGCAUCAUAACCAAGCUAGAGAUGGUAAUUCUAAAUGUCAAAAAGAAAAGCAAGAGCAAAAGCAGGAGCAGGAGCAACAAUCUGUUAAAACUAAUGGAGCAUUACGUAAAGCUAAAAAAUUCAAAUCCAAUAAUCCAUUUUUCACUGUUGUCAUGAAAUCUUCAUAUCUUCAUACUCAUUUUUUGUAUGUCCCAACAUGUUUCACAAAAAGUUAUAUGAAGAAACAGAAGAAUGAUAUUCUUCUUCAGCUUAUGGAUGGGAGCACUUGGGAUGCAAAAUAUUAUUUUGGAAGAAUUCAAGCUGGAUGGAAGAAAUUUUCAGCAGACAACAAGUUGAAAAAGGGUGAUGUGUGUGUUUUUGAGUUGAUCGAAUGCAAAACUCUAACUUUCAAAGUAUUAAUAUUUCGACAUGAAAAAGACCUACAUUCACAUCUACCUCAAGAAUUGGUUCAAAGAGAAAAGGAUCGUGUAAGAGAGAAAAACACAAGCCGGUCAAAGAUGUUUCAACCAUUGAUGGAGAAGACUAAGAAAACAAGAGAGAAUGUUGAAUUAGAUGUUCCAAACGCAAGACAUGUGUUAAUAGGAUGUUAUCAUAAGAUUCUUCAUGAGCUCCAAAAGUUUCCGGAAGAUCACGUGUAUCGUAAAGCUGUUGAAACAAUUACAAAUCAAAAACUUAUGGUGGUUUGUCAAGAAGAAGACUUGGAGAUAAUUAAGAGUCGUCUUGGUUGUGGUCAGCUUGAAAAACUCAUUGAAGAGGCUAAGGAUGAACUCAAACUAAUUGCUUAUAUGAUUGAAUAAGUUUUUGGGGUAUUCAAUGGUCACAAAAUUUAGAAGUUUGAAAAUGAUGCACCAAUUUGAAGCCAUGAACUUUAUUUACGUUAGAGACACUUCUGUCUAAAUUAGUGUUGGUGUUAACUGUAGCAUUGA